CACGUGAGAUCAUGUCUCCCUUCCUCUUCUUAUGUCUUCAUGACUUUCUCUCUGCUUCCUUCUUUACUUUAUACUGGUGUGUAUACGUACAUGUAUAUGUACAUCAGUGGCAGCCUGCAACGUGAAGGCCUACAGCACUUCAAACAUCGAUCACCCCAUCACUCUAACGAUCUGAUAAGAUAUGGCAUUGAACUCUCCGACAAUCAUCAUCACGGUCGGCAGGGUCAUCCAUCAUGGGAAGAUGCUGUUGCUCGAAGGGAAAGGUGUGUCGCAUACUGCGGCUAGGAACAAUCGAGAAAGAGAAGCGACGGAGAGUAAAAGCACCCCUCGGUCCAUCACGUGGGAAGCAACGAGCCUUAGACUCCCAAGUAAGGGCAACUGCUGUCGUGAAUAUGUAGCUGGUAAAAGA